AUGGCAGCUUCAGUAUGCGUCAACAACCAGUAUUCAUCGACGGAGUUCGUCGAAUCCGCAGGCGCGAUUCUUUUCCAUGCCUCGACCAAACAGAUCUGCCUCGUACAUUCUCACGAACGUAAUCAGUGGCUUCUAGCCAAAGGCCGAAGGAACAUUGGCGAGACACGUCAGCAGACAGCAAUUCGUGAAAGCCAGGAAGAAACCGGCUUUCCCUGCCGACUGUUGCCCGUAACUUUGCGAACAAGAUGUACGCCAGAUGCCGAAGAACUCGAAUUCACUCCAGACGUGCCAAGACGAUUCGAGAAAGUCACAGAGCCUUUCAUGCUCACUCAUCGCAUCCUACCUGGCAACAACGGAGUCAAACUCAUCUGGUGGUUCAUCGGAGUGAUUGAUGAAAAUGCGCCGUUGCUCAAAGGCGAGGACAUGUUUCUUGCGAAGCUGUUUGGAUUCGAGGACGCCAUGGCUACUCUGACGUUCGCAUCUGAUCGCGAUAUUGUGGCGCGAGCAAUCAAGGUUUACGAGGAAACAAUGUCGUGA